AUGAGAUUAUACUUCGCAGCUGGUCUGUUUGGCCUUGCUGUGGCGGAGCCCUCUGCACCCGCAUCAACGUCUCGCGUCCUGCAUGAGAAGCGCCACAGUCAGCCUUCACGAUGGAUCAAGCAAGACAGAGCUCAAGGCAUCUUGCCAAUGCGGAUCGGCCUGACACAGACCAACCUUGACAAUGCUCACAAUCAUCUCAUGGACCUGUCUCAUCCGGACUCACCCAAUUAUGGAAAGCACUGGACCUCACAGCAAGUCAUCGAUGCCUUUCGACCUUCAGACGAUACUGUGCAAACAGUACAGCAAUGGCUAGAAGACUCCGGCAUCACAGGUAUCACGCACUCAGACAACAAAGCCUGGCUCGCCUUCCACGCCACUGUACCUCAGGCAGAAAGUCUGCUUCACACAGAGUACUUCGAAUACGAAGACGUCCACACCGGAGGCAUCCUGCCCGCAUGCGAGCAAUACCACGUCCCCCAACACAUCCAAAACCACAUCGACUAUAUAACCCCCGGCAUCAAACUCCUCUCACCCGAAGGCGUGGCACCCACACCAAACCACCUCACCAAACGAGGCAACGCCGAAGGCGAAAUCGGCCUCCACAAAACCACCAAAGCCGCCGCCCGCACCCGAGGCCCCCACGUCCGCAUCCCAACCCGCGCCCCACCAGCCAACGCCUCCGACCUCAGCAUCUGCGACCAAAUCAUCACUCCAGCCUGCAUAGCAGCCCUCUACAACAUCCCGUCCACCAACCUCACUCACCCCCUGAACCCAAGCAACAGCCUAGGAAUCUUCGAAUCCGAACUCCAAUUCUGGGACCAAGAAGAUCUCAACCUCUUCUUCUCCAACUUCACCCCCUCCCAAAUCCCAAACAAUACCCACCCCACCAGCCUCAACAUCAACGGCGGCCGCGCCUUCACAAACUACACGAACGAAGGCGGCGUGGAGUCGAUGCUAGAUCUGGAGAUCGCAUACCCCAUCGUCUAUCCACAGAAUAUUACGGUGUAUAAUGUGGAUGAUAUCCACUACCAGACCUGGCCGAACAACACCUACACCUGGGGUUUCAACACCCUGCUCGAUGCCAUCGAUGGGAGUUAUUGCUCCUUUGCAGCGUAUAACGAGACCGGGAAUCUGGCGGAUUGGGAUCCGACGUACCCUGACUUAUCUCCCUUUCAGGGGUAUAAUGGGACAUUACAAUGUGGAAUUUUCGAGCCUACAAAUGUCAUCUCUAUUUCUUAUGGCGGUCAGGAGGCCGAUGUACCUGUGGCGUACCAGAAACGACAAUGUCUUGAGUUCUUGAAACUGGGGCUGCAGGGUGUGAGUUUCUUGUUCGCGAGUGGGGAUGCGGGCGUGGGGAAUUAUCCGGCUAGUCAGGGGGGGAUUGAUGGGGAGACGGGGUGUCUUGGGCCGAAGGGGGAUGUGUUCAAUCCUACUUGGCCUAAUACUUGCCCGUAUAUCACCAACGUCGGCGGCACAAAAGUCUAUCCCAACCACUCUGUCAUCAAUGAAGCACAACCGGAGUCCGCGGCCAAUGACCCUGCUGCAGGAGGCUACUCGAGCGGCGGAGGUUUCAGCAAUAUUUAUCCCGUUCCGGAUUACCAAGCCGCAGCAGUAGCGACCUAUUUCGCCAACUUCUCCCCGCCAUUCCCUUACUACUGCGCCCUCGCCCCGGACACCAAUGGCACCGCGACCGGCUCAGGAACCCCCUACGAUCUCCUCAAUAUCACGGCUCUGCAGUCCGGUUCUCAGGGUAAGGAGAAUAAUGGGACGCUGGGUGUGUAUAAUAGAGUCGGAAGGGGUGUUCCCGAUGUAAGUGCGAAUGGGGAUGAGAUUGCGACGUUUGUUAAAGGGAAGUAUGUCGUUUCCGGCGGCACGUCGGCGAGCACGCCGAUUUUCGCUGCGGUGCUGAAUCGGAUUAAUGAGGAGAGGUUGAGUUUGGGGAAGGGAGCGGUGGGGUUUGUGAAUCCGGUGCUUUAUGCGCGGCCGGAGGUGUUGAAUGAUGUUGUUAAUGGGACGAAUAUGGGUUGUGGCCAUGAAGGUUUCAGUGCUGUGAAAGGGUGGGAUCCAGUUACGGGACUUGGGACGCCGAAUUAUCCUAAGAUGCUGGAGUUGUUCCUUAGUCUUCCUUGA